CCGGCGCCGGCGCCCUGCGGAAGCGGCGUUAGUGAAUCGGGGCCUUGGGGAGCCCAGGAUGGAGGUGGCGGUCGCAGUGGCGGCGGCGGGCCGAGCCCUGCGGCGGGCUGGAGGAGGUGAGCGCCAGGCCUGCUGAGCCUCCGCAGAGCCGCCAGCCAUGCCCGGGAUCGUGGUGUUCCGGAGGCGCUGGUCUGUGGGCAGUGACGACCUCGUCCUGCCGGCCAUCUUCCUCUUCCUGCUGCACACCACCUGGUUCGUGAUCCUGUCCGUGGUGCUCUUUGGCCUGGUCUACAAUCCGCACGAGGCCUGCUCCCUGAACCUGGUGGACCACGGCCGCGGCUACCUGGGCAUCCUGCUGAGCUGCAUGAUCGCCGAGAUGGCCAUCAUCUGGCUGAGCAUGCGUGGGGGCAUCCUCUACACGGAGCCCCGCGAGUCCAUGCAGUACGUGCUCUACGUGCGCCUGGCCAUUCUGGUCAUUGAGUUCAUCUACGCCAUCGUGGGCAUCGUCUGGCUCACCCAGUACUACACGUCCUGCAACGACCUGACCGCCAAGAACGUCACCCUGGGGAUGGUCGUCUGCAACUGGGUGGUCAUCCUCAGCGUCUGCAUCACCGUCCUCUGCGUCUUCGACCCCACCGGCCGCACCUUCGUCAAGCUGAGGGCCACCAAGAGACGGCAGCGCAACCUGCGGACCUACAACCUGCGACACCGCUUAGAGGAGGGUCAGGCCACCAGCUGGUCGCGCCGGCUCAAAGUGUUUCUUUGCUGCACUCGGACAAAGGACUCCCAGUCAGACGCCUACUCGGAAAUCGCCUACCUCUUCGCCGAGUUCUUCCGGGACCUGGACAUCGUGCCAUCUGACAUCAUCGCCGGCCUGGUGCUGCUCCGGCAGCGGCAGCGGGCCAAGCGCAACGCCGUGCUGGACGAGGCCAAUAAUGACAUCUUGGCCUUCCUCUCCGGGAUGCCUGUGACCAGAAACACCAAGUACCUGGACCUCAAGAACUCGCACGAGAUGCUUCGCUACAAGGAAGUCUGCUACUACAUGCUCUUCGCCCUGGCCGCCUACGGGUGGCCCAUGUACCUGAUGCGGAAGCCGGCCUGCGGCCUGUGCCAGCUGGCCCGGUCCUGCUCGAAACUGGGUGUCCUCACCAUCCCCCCAGCACUGGGUCCCCCGGCGGACCAGGUGUACGAGACCCCCUUCUACGUGGCCGUGGACCACGACAAGAAAAAGGUGGUGAUCAGCAUCCGGGGAACCCUGUCUCCCAAGGACGCCCUGACCGACCUGACCGGCGACGCGGAGCGCCUCCCCGUGGAGGGACACCACGGCACGUGGCUGGGACACAAGGGCAUGGUCCUCUCGGCUGAGUACAUCAAGAAGAAGCUGGAGCAGGAGAUGGUCCUGUCUCAGGCCUUCGGGCGAGACCUGGGCCGAGGCACCAAGCACUACGGCCUGAUCGUGGUGGGCCACUCGCUGGGCGCGGGCACGGCCGCCAUCCUCUCCUUCCUCCUGCGCCCACAGUACCCGACCCUCAAGUGCUUUGCCUACUCCCCGCCGGGGGGCCUGCUGAGCGAGGACGCCAUGGAGUACUCCAAGGAGUUCGUGACGGCCGUGGUUCUGGGCAAAGACCUGGUUCCCAGGAUCGGCCUCUCCCAGCUGGAAGGCUUCCGCAGACAGCUCCUGGAUGUUCUGCAGCGAAGCACCAAGCCCAAAUGGCGGAUCAUCGUGGGGGCCACCAAGUGCAUCCCCAAGUCGGAGUUGCCUGAGGAGGUGGAGGUGACCACCCUGGCCAGCACGCGGCUCUGGACACACCCCAGCGACCUGACCAUCGCCCUGUCGGCCAGCACCCCACUCUACCCGCCCGGCCGCAUCAUCCACGUGGUCCACAACCACCCAGCUGAGCAGUGCUGCUGCUGUGAGCAGGAGGAGCCCACGUACUUCGCCAUCUGGGGUGACAACAAGGCCUUCAACGAGGUGAUCAUCUCGCCGGCCAUGCUGCACGAACACCUCCCCUACGUGGUCAUGGAGGGGCUCAACAAGGUGCUGGAGAACUACAACAAGGGGAAGACCGCCCUGCUGUCUGCCGCGAAGAUCAUGGUGAGCCCCACCGAGGUGGACCUGACCCCUGAGCUCACCUGCCAGCAGCAGCCCCUGCCCACGGGGCCCCCGGUGCCCGCUGGCAUUGCCCUGGAGCUUCCCGCCCCCGACCACCGAAACAGCAGCGUCAGGAGCAAGUCCCAGUCUGAGGUGAGCCUGGAGGGCUUCUCGGAGGGGCGGCUGCUGUCCCCGGCGGCGGCGGCGGCGGCGGCGGCGGCCCGCCAGGACCCCGUGGAGCUGCUGCUGCUCACCACCCAGGAGCGGCUGGCGGCCGAGCUGCAGGCGCGGCGGGCGCCCCUGGCCACCAUGGAGAGCCUGUCGGACACGGAGUCGCUGUACAGCUUCGACUCCCGCCGCUCGUCGGGCUUCCGCAGCAUCCGCGGCUCGCCCAGCCUGCACCCGGUGCUGGAGCGCCAGGAGGGCCACCUCUUCUUCAUCGACCCCGCCAUCCCCGAGGAGAACCCGUCCCUGAGCUCGCGCACCGAGCUGCUGGCGGCCGACAGCCUGUCCAAGCACUCGCAGGACACGCAGCCCCUGGAGGCCCCCCUGGGCAGCGGGGGCGCCACCCCCGAGCGGCCGCCCAGCGCCGGCGCCCGCGGCGAGGAGGAGGAGGAAGAGGGGGGCGGGGCGGCGCCCCGCGGGGAGCUGGCGCUGCACAACGGCCGCCUGGGGGACUCGCCCAGCCCGCAGGUGCUGGAGUUCGCCGAGUUCAUCGACAGCCUCUUCAACCUGGACAGCAAGAGCAGCUCCUUCCAGGACCUCUACUGCAUGGUGGUGCCCGAGAGCCCCACCAGCGACUACGCCGAGGGCCCCAAGUCCCCCAGCCAGCAGGAGAUCCUGCUCCGGGCCCAGUUCGAGCCCAACCUGGUGCCCAAGCCCCCGCGGCUCUUCGCUGGCUCCACCGACCCCUCCUCAGGCAUCUCGCUGUCACCCUCCUUCCCGCUCAGCUCCUCGGGCGAGCUCAUGGACCUGACGCCCACCGGCCUCAGCAGCCAGGAGUGCCUGGCAGUGGACAAGAUCCGGACUUCCACCCCCACCGGCCACGCGGCCAGCCCGGUCAAGCAGGAUGACCUGGUCAUCUCGGCUCGCUAGCACCCAGGGGUGGCCGCCUGCUGGGGCCAGGCCACGGCGGGUGGCCCGUGGGCUCCUGGUGAGAGGCCCCGGGGGCCGGUUAGCCUCGGGGCACUGGUGUCGAGCUGGGGGGUCCGCAUCCCUACCUCAGCUUAGGACCCCCAGAGCCCAGGGGCUGGGACCUGGGCCCAACAGGCUGGAAUGACCGGGGGUGAGG